AUGGCUGAAUCGGAAGUUGCAAAGCUUUUGAACCCAGAAGCUCAAGAGUUCUUCCCUCAAAAGUCGACCCAUUUGUCACAUCCUCCUCCUCCUCCUCCUCCUCCUCCUUAUCCUCAUCUUCAUUUUCCACCUCCACCUCCAGCAGUAUCAAACCCAUUCUUCUACUACACCACCACCACUACUAGUACUGCUCAAUCUCCACCUUUUCACACUACUUUCUACUACACUACUAGUACUAGCACUGCUAGUUAUGGCUUCCAAACUGAACCAUCAAUAUCACUCCUUAGCCCACCGCAAGCUGAAGCUGAUCAUCAUCUAAUUAGAAACCAAAAAUUGCUGAAUGGACCAAAAUGGGAUAAAAAUGGUGGGCCCGUCUGCAACAAUAUGAGUCGGUGUUUGUCCGGUCGAAGAGUUGGAAGAGAUCAGGAGGUUCCUAGGGGUACUCAUCAGAUUAAUAGAAGAAUUAGGGAGCAGUUGAGGCACAACAAGCUGUUGAUGAGGAGGGAAGUUGAUGAUGGUCAUAUUCAUCAUACUCGUAGUAGCUGGAAGUACAACAACAACGAGAACGAUAAUAGGAGGAAUAAUAAAGUGGAAACUUCCACUAAUUGGAGUGUGGCUAUUAAGAAGAAGAAAAACAAGUCUGAGGUUUUGCCUAUGAUUCGUGGUGGAAAUUAUACCACUCUUAUGAUCAGAAACAUACCUAGCAAAUACACUCGGCAAAUGGUGUUGGAUUUUCUGGACCAUCAUUGCAUGAUGGAGAAUCGAAAGGUAGCGGCGGCACAAAAACUGGACGAUGCGGCAGAAGAAGAUGAUCAUCAUCAUCAAAACCUGUCAGCCUUUGAUUUCUUGUACUUGCCAAUGGAUUUCAAAAGUGGAUUGAAUAAGGGAUACGCAUUUGUGAACUUCACAAAGGCAGAGGCAGCUUGGAAGUUUUAUGAUACCAAGAACAAUCAGACGUGGGACCAUUUCCAGUCCUCCAAGAUACGUGAAAUAGCUAGAGCUAGACUCCAGGGAAAGGUGGAAUUGGUGAAGCACUUUGAGAAAAUGGGAUUUCCAUGUGAAUCAGAAGAAGUAUUACCAGUAUGCUAUUGCCCAGCUAGAGACGGAUCAAACAAAUGGGUUAAACAAAGGACAGUUGGUAGAAGACUUGUCUGCAUCGGCAGCAGCAGCGUGGAAUUAUUAGACAACAAGCAGGCUCAGCCAAAAGCUGCAGGAGAAGAGACCACCAAACUUGCAGCUGGUUACUCUUCUUCCAUGAUGACAUGA